CGUUUAAUUCCCUCAGCUACGCACCAUUAUUAGAAAAGAGUGUUUCAUUUCUUCAUACCCAAGUUUUCCUUUCACUCACACAGCACAUGUAAAUUUAAGAAUAUCUUCUUAAUCAGAUCAAAUGUUGUGUUCCAUUUCACACUCCGAAAUCUGAAUGGCCACUCCUAAUCCGACAUGUCCACCACCCAUGAAGGCCACCUCCAACGGUGCCUUCCAACACGAAAAUCCUUUGGAUUAUGCGCUUCCCCUUCUCAUCCUUCAGAUAUGUCUCGUCGUUGUCUUCACCAGGUUUCUCGCAUUCAUUCUCAAACCUCUCAGACAACCCAGAGUUAUUGCAGAGGUUAUUGGAGGGAUAUUACUUGGGCCAUCAGCGAUUGGGAGGAAUGAGAAAUUCCUGAACACGAUUUUCCCUAAGAGAAGCUUAACUGUGCUUGAAACUGUGGCGAAUCUGGGUCUUCUCUUCUUCUUGUUUCUGGUGGGGCUUGAGCUUGACAUGCGUUCCAUACGAAAAACUGGUCACAAGGCCUUGGCCAUUGCAGUUGCAGGAAUCACAUUACCUUUUGUUCUUGGCAUUGGCACCUCCUAUGCUCUUCGAGCCACCGUAUCCAAAAAGUCUAAUCCAACCUCGUUCCUUAUCUUCAUGGGUGUUGCUCUCUCCAUCACUGCAUUUCCCGUUCUUGCACGCAUCCUCGCCGAGCUCAAACUCCUCACAACUGAUGCUGGUCGCAUAGCAAUGUCUGCAGCUGCUGUGAACGAUGUUGCAGCAUGGAUUCUGCUUGCUCUUGCCAUAGCUCUCUCUGGCUCUAACUCAUCGCCUCUUGUUUCCUUGUGGGUCAUACUCUGUGCUGCUGCUUUUGUCCUCUUUGCUAUCUUCGCCAUAAAACCCUUGCUCGCAAUGAUGGCCAAGCGUUCCCUUGAGGGUGAACCAGUGCAAGAGAUUUACAUAUGCAUCACCCUGACACUGGUCUUGGCUUGCAGCUUCAUCACUGAUACCAUUGGAAUUCACGCACUGUUUGGGGCUUUUGUUGUCGGCAUAGUCAUGCCCAAAGAUGGUCCUUUUGCUGGGGUGCUGAUCGAGAAGGUAGAGGACCUUGUGAUGAGUCUGUUGUUGCCACUCUAUUUUGUGUCCAGUGGUUUGAAAACUGAUGUUACAACCAUAAGAGGAACACUUUCUUGGUGUAUGCUUGUGCUUGUUAUUUUCACUGCUUGCUUCGGAAAGAUCAGUGGCACAUUCGUCGUGUCACUGUUAUGUAAGGUCCCUUUUAGAGAAGCCUUGGCUCUUGGGUUUCUCAUGAACACCAAAGGCUUGGUGGAACUCAUUGUUCUCAACAUUGGCAAAGAUCGCAAGGUACUGAAUGAUCAGACAUUUGCAAUCUGUGUUCUGAUGGCACUGUUCACCACAUUCAUCACAACCCCAAUAGUGAUGGCAGUGUAUAAACCAGCUCGAAGGGGAUUACCUUACACGCACAAAACAGUUCAACGCAAGGAUCCAGACACAGAGCUAAGAGUGUUGGCAUGUUUCCACAGCACCUACAACAUUCCCACCUUAAUCAAUCUGAUAGAGUCAUCUCGGGGAACCAGAAAGCGAGGAAAGUUGUGCGUGUAUUCCAUGCACUUGAUGGAACUCUCGGAGCGACCUUCAGCCAUAACAAUGGUUCACACGGCACGCAACAACGGCAUGCCCUUCUGGAACAAAAAGCACGACAACAAAGACCAAAUGGUGGUUGCAUUUCAGGCCUAUGGCCAUCUAAGCAGCGUCAAUGUCCGCCCCAUGACAGCCAUAUCCGCCUUCAGCAGCAUGCACGAAGACAUCUGCACCAGCGCGCACCAGAAGCGAGUGGCACUCAUUCUCCUACCUUUUCACAAACACCAACACUUCGAUGGCACAAUGGAGUCUCUGGGAAACUCGCUGCGUGUAAUGAACGGCCAUGUGCUCAGCCGUGCUCCCUGCUCUGUGGGGAUUCUGGUCGAUCGUGGACUCGGAGGUACGAGGCAAGUCCAAGCGAGUGAUGUGUCGUACGAUGUUGUUGUCGGGUUCUUUGGAGGAAGAGACGAUCGUGAAGCACUUGCGUACGGAAUGAGACUCGCUGAACACCCUGGAAUCUCACUCACUGUUGUAAAGUUUGUAGCUUUACCUGGGCAAACAUUCGCGUUCGGUGCGAAAUUGGUUGGGAUAACAGCGAACAAGGACAAGAAGAUAAUAAACGUGGCUCAGGGCACUGGUAGUGACGAAGAUAAGCAAGAGGAUGAGAAAUUUUGGUCGGAGUUCGUGAGUGUGAGAUCGAAGAACACGGAAUCGAUAACGUACGAGGAAAGAGUGGUGGAAAGCAAGGAAGAUUUGAAAACAGUGUUGAGGGAGAAGAAUCGGAGCAAUCUUAUUUUGGUUGGUAGAAUGCCGCAAGUGGCACCAUUGGCAGAGAAAAGUGAUUGCCCAGAACUUGGUCCCAUUGGAAGCUAUUUGGCUUCUUCUGAGUUCUCCACUCUGUCUUCGGUUUUAGUGUUGCAGCAGUAUAAUCCUGAAACCGAUGUUUAUCCUAUGGUUAUGGAGGUUUCUGAUUACAAGGAUAUGCCAGAAAAACCAACGGGUUCAGGUUUGUCGAGUUAAAAGUUGUUUCUGGGUGUUUGUCGUGUUGUAAAACUGCAUG